AGACCGCACACACGGACACAGCGGUAAGGCGUGGGAGCAUCAGGUGUGUUAACUUUCGAACUCGGCUUGAGCUCGGCCGGACAAGAGUUUCAAGAGAUGAGUUACAACUGAGCAGCAACUCUACUCACGAUAAGAUUGUCAACAUAACCGUAAGGUAUGCUCUCCGUAAACUUGAAAUGCUACUGACCUUCUGUCUCCCUGUCUAGGUCAUCGCUACAUGUCAGAACUACUUGAUGUAGCAAACAAGAAAAAGCAUGCUGUGAGAAGGCGCGCGACGCCGACACCGACACCAAUGCAAACGAUGCGAUUACACACGGACAAAGUGUCGGUUGUCGCAUUCUUCAAUGACGGUCGGCGGGUCGUCACUGGUUCAUGGGACUACACCCUGCAAAUCUGUGACAUACAAAAAGGAACAGUGGUCGGGGGGCCACUCGUGGGACACAGUAACAAGGUGUUUUCAGUCGCGGUAUCACCAGACGACAGGCGAAUUGCGAGCGGUGGAAAAGAUAACAGUAUCAUCAUCUGGGACGUCGAGAGCAGGCGGUUGCUAUUCGACCCACUGACGAAGCAUACAAAAUGGGUGUCCUCGGUGUGCUUCUCCCUCAAUGGCAAGAGACUCGCAAGCGGGUCAUAUGAUUCGACAGUGAUUAUAUGGGAUGCAGAAACUGGCGCUCUGCUCUCAACACUCCAGGGUGAUCGAGGCGGGGUGUCGAGUGUCGCAUUCAACCCAGAUGGUUCAAAAUUAGCAUCCGGAUCAUUGCGCAGCAUCUAUAUUUGGCGCACAGACUCUAACGCCGAACUUAUUUUUGAGAUCAACGCUCAUGAAAAAUGGGUCCUCAGUGUCGUGUGGUCGCCUGAUGGCCAGCAACUUGUCUCUGCAUCGUACGACAAAACAGUCAAGUUCUGGGACUCCUCGAAAGGGAACCAGAUCGGUCAACCUUGCACCAGUCAUACUUCCAACAUCAACUCGCUCGCCAUCUCUUCUGAUGGCUCCUUUAUUGCAACUGUUUCGGACGACAGUACCGUCCAACAUUGGAGCACAAAGUCACACCAGGAGACAGGAGAAUUACUCAAACACAUCGUAGACGUUACAUGUGUCUCCAUUUCUCCCAGCGCAGAAUUGGUCGUGGUCGGAGACCUCUAUGGCGAGAUUCAGUUCUGGUCCAUCAAGAACACACUUUCGGCAGCAGUCCAGUUGUAUUCCUUAUCUGACUCUUACUUUGCGCACCGCAGUAAGGUGAAGUUGAGGCGAAACCUCUAUCACGAGGCCCUUUCGGACGCCCAAAAGGUGCAGACGAUAUCUGUCAUUGUUUCAACGAUUGUGAUGAUGCUAGAUACUAUCGAUUUUUAGGUUAUCGAGCUCAAACCAUCAUCUUACCUUGGGUAUGAUGACGCAAUCGAGUCCUUCAAGAUCAUGCUUUCCAAGUUGGAUGAUGCACCCGACUCACAGAUACGACAGUUACGCCAGCAACAUGUCAGUCCAUUUGAAGUAGAAGAUGCUAUUCGAC